AUGACUGCUCAAUUCAGCAACCCUCCAAACCAAUACCGGCCGAAAUUCCGUUACUGGUUACCUGACGCAUCCGUCACACACGAUUCCGUUCAAAACGAUGUUCGUCAAAUCGCCGCUGUGGGAGGCGGUGGCCUUGAGUUCCUACCUUUCUACAACUAUGGGUUGGGGCCUGCGUUGACCGACUGGUCUAUAUAUGGAUUUGGCACCGACGCUUUUAACAAACUGUUCCAGGCAGCCCUGGAUACCGCUUCUACGCUUCGGCUAGCCUUCGAUUUUGCCUUAGGUCCUAACCAAGGCGCUGGAGUGCCGUCAGAGGUUGAGACUCCCGGCCUAGCCAAGACGCUUGUGUACGGGAGUACCAAGAUUGAAUCAGGGGCUAAUUUCUCCGGUGAGAUCCCCGAGCCUGUUGUCAACUACAACUUUCUUCCGGGGUUCAUGAACCCACCAGAGCCGUGGGGAUCAAACGAGCUGUUGGCCGUCGUUGCUGGAAGAAUCGCCUCAGAAGGUGGUUUCGCGGACGGUCCGUAUGGCUCUAAGAUUCCCUACACGUUUUUGGACCAUGACUCUUUAGUUGAGUUGACUAACAUCACGAACCACGGCACUUUGACAUGGACAGCUCCAGAUGGCAAUGGAACAUGGGUCCUAUUUGCCGUGUAUGAGCGUUAUACAAAUCAGCGAACCUGUGUAUCAAUUGCGAAUGCCACGACUGCACUAGGCAAUGGUUCCUGGGUGGUAGAUCAUUGGAGUGUAAGCGGCGCAAAGAAGACGACAGACUUUUGGGAUCAGCACAUUCUGUCUGUCCCUGAGAUAGCUAGGCUCGUGGGAGAAGUUAUGAGCUACGCCUGGGAGGAUAGUAUGGAGAUCCAAGCCGCUCUUCCAUGGACACCAAAUCUUUCCUCGCGUUUCGAACAGCUUCACGGAUAUAGUAUCAACAAGUACCUCCCAAUUCUAUUCCACGGGACGAACGCAUGGCAGGCAUUGUGGCCCGCUUACAAUAUGACCUACACGGUUGGAGAGUAUUUCACAGAUGGUGGCCCCUACGUUCAAGACUACAAGCUUGCUCUUAGUGAAGGCUAUGUAAAUUACAUUGACCACUACGCCAAAUGGGCAACAAGCAAGGGACUUCAGUUGUCCAAUCAACCUAGUUAUAACCAGCCUGUUGACAUGGCGGAAGCUAUACCACAUGUGCAAGUACCUGAGCUCGAGUCCCUUGGCUUGGAGGAAGACAUAGAUCUCUACCGGCAGUUCGCAGGCCCGGCUCAUCUAUCGGGUCGAAAUGUUAUCUCAACGGAAAUUGGCGCAAUCAACGGAGCAGCAUACAGUCUUCGAGUCCCAAAACUGAAAAACCUAUUUGACCAAUCCUACGCAGCGGGGGUUAACACGAUGGUUGUUCAUGGCUAUGCAUAUAGUGGUGAAUAUUUCAAGACCACAUGGCCUGGAUAUACACCUUUUCAAUAUUCGUACACUGAAAUGUGGAAUCAAAGACAGCCAGCGUGGCAGCAUCUUGAUGAUCUGUUUACGUAUUCAGCGAGGAACAGUUUGAUCAUGCAAUCCGGCACACCCAAGGUGGACCUCGCUCUGUACUACUAUCAGGCUCCCUACAAGUUUGCAGAUUUGUAUUCCACGUCCGACGCAAACGCAUAUGGAUACACAUACGAGUACUUAGGGCCAAAGAACUUGGUUUCUGAGCAUGCUGUGGUUGUUGAUGGGGUUCUUGCUCCCGAGGGACCAGCCUACAAGGCUCUACUCAUCUACAACCAGACAAAGAUUACGCUGGAUGCGUCUGCGGCGUUGUUAGAGUUUGCACAGAAUGGACUGCCCAUAUACAUCGUAGGUACAGUCCCAAAUACCACGAUUGGAUCUACCGGACAGGAACAGGUCUCAGCAAAUAUCAACGAGCUACUGCAGUAUAAGGAUGUGCGCGUUUUCGAUGCCAAGGACUUUUCCACAUCCAAGCUUGCUGCAGAUGGGGUACAUGCUCGCGCUCAGGUUGACGGUACUACCACUGCGUCGGACCUCUUCACGUUUUGGACGGCUGAUGUCGGGUCGCGCUCUGAGUACGUCUAUUUAUACAACCAAGGAGUAAUAGGAGUAUUUAACAUCACCUUCAAUGUCGGAAAAGAUCUAGUGCCCUACAUCUUGGAUCCAUGGACUGGUUCCGAGAUCUCAUCGGCAGUUUUUGAAAGAAGUUCUUCUUCCGUCCGGAUGGCCAUCCAACUGCAAUCCCAUCAAACAACUAUAGUCGCGUUCAAAGCUGCUGCCUCUGCACGAAGAGAAAAAAACGUAGUUAAUCAUUCUUCAAAUGUGAAGAACGUCUAUUUCACAGAAGACAACCACCUGGAGGCAUUGAUUUCCGACAGCUUGCCAGCGUCGUUGUGCCUGAGUAACGGUAAAAACAUUAAUCUUCCCGAAGUCAACACGCAAACUCUAGUAGUCACCACCUUAGGUCCCUGGAAUCUUACAGUCCAAGCUUAUGGGCCUAUGCUCGACCAUACUACUGUUGAUUCCAACAUCACAACGAUCAACGUAGGCAUGCUUCCUCAACUAGCACCAUGGACGAAAAUUCCGGGAAUCGAACAUGUCAGUGGUAUCGGAACAUAUAGCACAAACUUCACUAUCUCAACAGACAACUCCACAUCUAUCAUGGUAGACUUCGGACCUGUUCUACACACUAUCAAGGCAUGGCUGAAUGGCAAACAAGUCCCCGCCAUCGAUCCUACGAAUUCCAUCGUUGAAAUUUCCAAGCUGGUCAAAAGUGGCAACAAUGUCAUGAAGGUGGAAGUAACAACAUCCCUAUUCAAUGCUGUCAAAGAAAACAUCGAUAAUGUAUUGAGCAUUGGAGUUGGUCCGACGAACAAAACUGUCUAUACUAGCCAGGAUUGGCAUGAAUUCGGACUUGUGGGACCUGUGCAGCUGAGACCUUACUGGAAGGUUAGAGUCGAGCUAUCGUAG